CAUGUGUCUUCCUUCAUGGGACUGCAGAGUCUCAUCUUCCGCCCACAAAGAACCAGAAGCUCCCACUCACUAAUCUCACAUUACUUCAUCAUGGAGCUCAAGCUUCUCAUUCUCUUUAUCCUCCAUUCCGCAUUCCUCUUCACAAAUUCUCACUCUCUGAAAACUAUUCCAAAAUCAACAAAGCUCAAGACAAACAUUACAAUCAUUGGUUCUGUCUUCUGUGAUGCUUGUUCUGAGAACACCUUCUCCAAUCAUAGCUACUUUAUGCCAGGUGUUGAAGUGCUUAUCCAAUGCAAGUUUGCAGUAAACUCCAAAUCAGUGGAUGAGAUAUCAGUCACUGCAGAGAGAACAACAGAUAAUUUUGGUGUUUACAAGCUUGACAUUCCACCAGUAGAAGGAUUUCAGUGCAGGCAAGGGCUUGAGAUCAAAUCAUUCUGUCGAGCGAGCUUGAUUCAGAGCUCGUCUUCCUCAUGUAGCAUACCAGGAACACAGAGCUCCACAGCUCAUGUGGCCAUUAAAUACAAAGCAAGAGAUAUUUGCAUUCUUAAUCUCAACACACUUAACUUCCACCCUGUGAAACGGGACAAUACUCUGUGUGGUGCUGAUGAGGGAAAAAGACCUGCAAACUUGGGGAUUUCGUAUUGUUUCUGGCCAUUCUUUCCAACAUUUGGAUUUCCAUGGCUGGAUCUUACUUCUCAAUUCUCUAGAUUGCCAUUGCCAGACCCACAGUCUUUACCUUUCAGCAUCCCUUCGUGGAUUCUUCCAUUAAUUGAGCCAACAAAUUUUCCAUUUCCUCUCUUUUAUUCACCAACUGCAACACCUGUUCCAUAAUUUUAACUUUUCAACCAUAGAAUUCAUCCUACGUUUACUAUUAAGAGUGCUUGAAGAUCUUUUUCGUCUCAUCUAUCCUAACUGUAUGACUUUUUCUUCUUUAAUUUGUGCUUUCUUAUUGUGCUUGUUUGGAUAAUGUUGGUCGUUGUUGUAAUUGAAAUCUGCUAUGUUGUUUGUUAUUGUUGAAA